UAGUCUUUUAUUUUCUCUCUCUCUUUUUUAGUAGUAAAUAGUGUGGAGUGAAUGAAAAAUUAUGGGUCGUCGCAAAAUUGAGAUUGCGAGAGUGAAAGACUCGGCUGCAAGGCAAGUCACAUUCUCAAAGCGUCGAACAGGUUUAUUCAAAAAAGCAAACGAGCUUGCUAUCUUAUGCGGCGCACAAAUUGCUAUUGUUGUGCUAUCGCCUGGGAAUAAACCUUACUCUUUUGGGCACCCAAGUGUUGAUGCUAUUGCGUCCAAGUUUUUUCAAAAAGAACCCAAUCGAAGUGAUGUUCUAGGAAACUCUUCUAUCAUGGAAGAUCUCAAUCAACAACUUGAUGACUUGAAGACACAAAUAAAUGUGGCUGAAAAUGAAGCUAAGGUCCAUGAUGAGAUUCUAAAUAAACAUAAAGCUGAAAAUUUCACUCAACUCAAGGAAUUGAAAGAUUCAUUUGUAGAGUUUACGGAUAUAGUGAAAUCACGUAUUUGUGAGUUUGAUAUAUCGCAAUCUAUGAUCCUUCUGGCAAAAGAACCGGUUAUUGGAGUUAAAAAUGAAGGAAAAGAAAAGAAAACAUUAAUGUUUUAGUUUACUAUUAGUCCGGUUUAAUAAAUGGGAGUUGUUGAUUUACAGUUUAAUUUUGGUUAGAAGUAUUUUUUUUCUAUUAUGUUAAUGUAAAACAUAUUUAUAAAUCAACAGCUUAAAAAAUAGUAUGAGUAAUGAAUAAAGUCUGUGUGCAUUGAAUUUCUAAAAAUUUCAGGAAAAAGAAAAAAAUAAUCAUGUAUGAAUAAAAAAUUAUAAAUAUUAUGAAUAAUAUUUCUCUUGUUUUA